AUGGCCAGCUCAGCGACUUCAGCAAAGAAGCAGCAAAUCAAUCUCUUGCGCGGAUGGCCCUCGCCUCACCUGCUCCCCGCAGACCUCCUCUCAGCAGCCUGUCAGCGCGUGCUGGCCGAUCCCGUCGAGAGCGUGCCGAUUCUGCAGUACGCUCCCGACGAAGGCUACCAGCCGCUGAGGGAGAGACUGGCCCAGUGGCUCGGCCGGCAUUACGGGGUUGGGCCCGACGCGAACCGCAUCUGCAUCACGGGCGGCGCGAGCCAGAAUCUGGCUUGUGUCUUGCAGAGCUUCACGGAUCCGCAUUAUACGAGGGCUGUGUGGAUGGUUGCUCCGUGUUACCAUUUGGCGGCUGCGAUUUUUGAGGAUUCGGGGUUUGCGGGAAGGUUGAGGGCUGUGCCGGAGGAUGAUGAGGGGAUUGAUAUUGAGGAAUUUGAGAGGAGAAUAGAGGCAUUGGAGAGUAAAGAGAGGAUCGAGUCUCAUCCAAAGCCAAAGCCAUUCAAGAAUCCCGGUCCGUUUAGGAAGCUCUUUCGUCAUGUCAUCUACGCAGUGCCCACAUGCUCGAAUCCUUCCGGCAAGACAAUGUCUAUCCGACGUCGCGAGAGUCUUGUCAAACUUGCCCGCAAGUAUGACGCCCUUGUCAUCAGCGACGACGUCUACGAUUUCCUACAAUGGCCCCUCGACGGAGCCACAAGUCCCCAGCGGCCCCCGGAAAUGAGGCUGCCGCGGCUAUGUGACAUCGACAUGUCACUGGGCAGGGCGGAGAAUGAUCCUCGGGGCUUUGGGCACACGGUGAGUAACGGAUCCUUUAGCAAGAUUGCUGGACCGGGUGUUCGAACGGGAUGGGCCGAGGGCACGCCGGCAUUUGUUCUGGGACUGUCCAAGACGGGAUCUUCCAUGUCUGGCGGUGCACCCAGCCAGCUCUGUGCCGCGAUGCUGGCUGAUCUACUUCGGACUGGCGAGUUGGAGGAUUUUAUCGAGACCAAGACUCGAUCGGUAUUGCAGAGGCGACACAAGAUCAUGAUGGAUGCCGUGAAAGAGCAUCUGGAGCCGCUUGGCGUCGUAGGCCGUGAAUCAAGCGUCUCCGGCGAGGGUAUCUACGGUGGCUACUUCGUAUGGCUGAAGUUGACUCAGGGGCCGCCGGGUGUGCUCGUCUCUGAUGCGGCUGUGAAGGAAGAGAACAUCAUCAUUGGAAGAGGAGAUAUGUUUGCGGUUCGUGGAGACGAACAAGGGGCAAAGUUUGAUCAGAAUAUUAGACUGUGCUUUUCCUGGGAGCCUGAAGAGGCUCUUGUUGACGGCGUCAGGAGGCUUGGGCUCUUGAUUAAAAGGAUGCAAGGAAACCUGGCUCAUUAUGAGACGAUGGCGGCUCAAAUCAAGGAUAGUGAUCGCCCUGUGAGCAGCUGGGUGUAG